AUGAGAACCCUCCUCAUCAUUCUCGGCCUAGCCGCAACCACAAUCUUCGCACGCCCAAACGAAUCUCCCGCCAAUGCCUCCGCAGCAGCAGCGAGUACAUACUGGUACGCCAACGUCCUCCAUAACGGUAUAAACCCCGGCCUCAGCAAGAACUGGGUCGUUUUCCGCAACGUACGCGACCACGGCGCCCGGGGCGACGGCGUCACCGACGACACAAUCGCCAUCCGAACAGCCCUCGCCAUCGGUGACAACUCCAUCGCAGCGCGCGGCUCGGGAUGGUGGGGCACCACGGGACAACCUGCCGUGGUGUACUUCCCGCCAGGGACGUAUGUUGUCAGCAGUACGAUUCAGAACUUGAUAGGGACGGUGUGGAUGGGCGAUCCCACGGACCGACCGAGGCUGAAGGCGAGUAAAGAUUUCAGCGGGACGACGAUGAUAGCCGGCGCGGAUAAGUAUUUGAAUGGACCUGUAGGGUUUUACACCGAGAUGAAGAAUUUGGUGUUUGACAGUACGGCUGUGUCGGCGAGUGCGAAUCUCACGCUCGUGGAUUGGAAUGUUAGUCAGGGGUGUCAGUUGUCGAAUUCCGGGCUUGAGAUGCCCAAGGGUGCGAAGGGGCAUGUGGGGAUUAGGGCGGUGGGGAAGAAUUCGCCGUUGCUGUUGAAUGAUUUGGAGGUUAGGGGUGGAGGCGCCGGGUAUGUGGGAGAGAGUAUGCAGUAUCACUUUAAGAAUGUUUACUUCAAGGGGGUGGAGACGGGUAUCAAGCCGGCCAAUGUGGUGCAGAUGACGGUUCAGGGUUGUCGGUUUGAGGAUGUCACGACGGGCGUGGACAUGAGCGGUGGAACGUUGAGGCUGUUGAAUAUGAUUGAUUCUACGGCGUCGAAUACGGAGACUCUGGUGAAGGCGGAUGAGAAGCAGUCUGGUACCGUGGGCUCGAUUGUUCUGGAGAAUGUGUUGGUUGACUCUACCGUUUCCUCCACCGUCAAGGCAGGAGAUUCGUCACUACUAACAGGAUCUAUCGCGACGGGCACAACCUGGAUCCGUGGUAAUAUUUAUACUGGCCGUUCGCCGUCCUCCAAACCAGAAAAGCUUACCGGCCAGAAAAUCAGCACUUCGCGUCCCUCUGCUCUCGUCAACGGCACCGGCUUCUACCACACCGUGAAACCACCGGCCUAUGCCGACUUCAGCCUCGAACAAAUCGUAAACGUGCGAGACGUCGCUGCCCACCCAGUAAAAGGCGAUGGCGAAACCGAUGACACGGCUUCACUGCAGGCCAUCUUGAACGACGCUGCAAAGGCGGGAAAGGUAGCCUAUUUCCCCCACGGAACUUACAUACUAAAAGACACCCUUCAUAUCCCACCCAACAGCCGUCUCUGGGGAGAAUCCUUUACCGAACUCAGCGGCGCAGGUCCUCUCUUCCAGGACCCGCGAAAGUCCAAACCAGUGAUUCAAGUCGGCCGCCCGGGCGACACUGGCGUCGCACAAUUCACCGACUUCGUGUUCACUGCUCGAGAUAUCCUGCCCGGCGCGGUCCUCGUCGAGGUGAACAUGGCAGGCGCCAAACCGGGAGACGUAGGCUUCUUCAAUACGCAUAUCCGGCUCGGAGGCGCGCUCGACAACAAGGCAAAUGAAUGCCCGACGGUAGAGGAGUGUCGAGCCGUGCACAUAGCCGCGCAUCUCACUUCCUCGUCGUCUUCUUACUGGGAGAAUUCCUGGGCUUGGACGGCGGAUCACGAUUUAGAUGGCUGGGACGGAUUUGCCGCAUACCCCUCCCCGGCGGGCGGGUUCCUCAUUGAGGCGCAGAAGGGGACGUGGAUGUUGGGGUGGGGCGUGGAGCAUUUUGCUUUAUAUCAGGUUAACAUUGUAAAUGCGGCGAAUGUGUUUGUGGGGAUCCAGCAGGGCGAGGCUUCGCUCUAUCAAGGGGUGGGCAAUUCGUUGUUGGCGCCGCGGCCGUGGGAGUCGGAGUUGUUGGCGGGCGAGCCGAGUUUUGCGUGGUGUGCGGCGAAUGAUGCAUCAUGCCGCAUGUCUAUCUACCAAAGCGUGGUAAACAGCACCAAUAUCAAUCUCUACUCUGGAGGCUACUGGACCUUCGCAGAGGGCUCAAAUCAAACAGCCUGCAAUGGAGAUUGCCAGACCAAUGCCGUUUUCUACGUGAGAAACUCAAAGUUAUUUUCUUACGGUAUUGCCGCUAUCAACAAUGCCAAUGUCGUUGUUGAGAGAGCACCAGGAGGAAGUGAAUAUGUGCCCGUGGCGAAGAGAGCAGAUAAUCAGGGAUUUAGGAAAGAUGGGUCUGAUGUGGCUGUUGUGGCUGCUUAUUUGAGACAGAGUGGGUGA